UGGGUUAGGGUUUUAUUAUUAAAAUAAUAGCAAGUUGCCAUUUUUUCUUCACUUCCACAUUUCUAAAUUGAAAAAUGGCGAUAAAAACCACUCCAUUCCACCCUUUUUCUUCUCUCUCUCUCUCUCUCUACAGACCCUUAAGCAUCGGAGAACCAUAUUGUAUCCUGUGACCGUACCCACCAUACCUUGCUUGUAAUGGAAGACGUUGUAGAUUUGCUGCCGCCGCCGGUGGAACCGGUUGCCGGAGAUGGGAAGUCACGUGAGAAACACCUGACAAGAUCGUGCUCCUCUUCUGAUAGCGAUGAAAUGUAUUCCGGGGGAUCUCCUAAAGAAAUAUUGAAAUCGGGUGGUAAAGCAAUUGCUCCAACCGGAGAAGCCGAUAUCAUUUACAUUCCACAUGUGGUUGACAAGACUCUAAUUCUAAAUCGCAACAAUAGCAACAAAAAUAUUAAUAAUAAUUUGACACCGCCUUCCACCGUGUCGGUUCUCGACAUCGGUGGCGGCAAUAACGUCACUGAGAUUGUAUAUCGAAAACCAUUUGAAGACGGACAGGAACUAGACUUGCAAACUCUCUACAAGUUACCUAAUUCCCACAACUUCUUUUGCCCCAACUGCAAAUCUUGCAUUACAAAAGUCAUCAUUCUCCGUGACGCCCCAUCCUCACCAUCGCGGUCUCCUCGACCGCAGUCGGGUUCGAAGGAUAGAGAAUAUGAUCAGCUACCAUCAUCGACUAAUGUACCAACAGAGAUCACGACGCGACCAUGGAGCCCAAGCCCCAGACCGAGUGUCGUCCAAGAGACUGGAGUGGAUGAUGGUGAGAUCAUUUCCAGCGAAGAGGGUGGUGGAAGGAUCAUAUGCAGCAAUUGCUUUAGUUUUCUUACUCCAAUUGGUGCUUGGAUCUCCUCUCAGCUAGGAUUUGGUCAGAAAAAGCCAACAAUUCCAGCUGAUAUAGUAGGAGGAACUGAAGCUACAAGCCACGCUGGUCCUAGUAUUAUUUCUCGUGGUGAUCAACCAUUCAUCGAGGUUGAAGGUGGCGACUCCAUCGUCCUUACAAUUCCUCCGGUCAGCGGGGAAGAAACAUUGGGCCAAAGAGGAGGAAGAAGAGUAGAGAUAAUGAAGAGCAUUGUGUAUGGAGGUUUAACUGAAGCCAUCACAAGUUUGGGCAUUGUAGCCUCUGCAGCUAGUGCGAGUACUCCAACAGAGAAUAUUGUAGCUUUGGCAUUGGCAAACUUGAUUACGGGUCUUAUUGUCAUCACAAACAAUUUGUCUGGACUCAAAUCAAACCAACUCAAGAAAGAAUCAAACCAAAGUGAUGAUGGAGCAGUACAAGUAGAUCCAUACGAAGAAGCUUUAGGAGACGGACACCAUUACCUUCUUCACUUCACAACAGCCAUCCUAUCGUUCUUAAUCUUUGGGCUUCUACCUCCUCUCGUUUACGGUUUCUCGUUCCGUGACACAGAUGACGGGGAUCUCAAACUUGCAGCUGUGGCAGUCUCCUCUCUUAUGUGCAUUGCCCUACUCGCAAUUGCGAAAGCUUAUGUUCAAAAGGCAAACAAUUUGCAAGAGUAUGCCAAAACCCUAGUUUAUUACGUUAGUUUAGGGUUUGGGGCCUCUGGUUUGUCAUACUUAGCAGGGAAGGAGGUUAAUAUCCUUCUUGAGCAACUUGGUUGGUUUAAGAAAGACCAAAGUACUCCCACUUUGUUGCUCCCUAAUAUGGACUUGGCAAAACCUACAUGGGGAUCCAUAUAAAUUAAUUGAAUGCAUGGAUGGGAUAUGAAGUUGCAAAAGUUUUUAGGGGUUUGUUUUGUUUUGUUUUGUUUUUGUUGAGUGAUUAAGAUAUUUUUGUAUUGGGUGUGUUAUGUGGUUUCGUAAGGGUAAUUAUUAGAAGAGAACAUAAGGAAGGGUUUAUGUAUGUAUUGUGUAGUAUUUAUUUUAAUAAGCCUUUUUGUUCAUGUUGAGAA